CUAGAUUCCCUGUGGUGUUGUAGGAACACUCGGUUCCAAAAUAUAACGUUACUUUUUGCUGUCUACGUUGCCCGUUCAAAACGGUCAAAAUUGUUUGUUGUUUUUAUAUCUAAUUUCGAAAUUAUACACUGAAAUGCUCGUUCAGUUCGAUUUAACCGUGUUGUAAUUAGUAGUACAUCCAUCUUUUGGCGAAUUGUGUACUCAAAUUUGGGUUAUAACUUGCGAAAGUGGGUAAGAAACGAGUGCAAUGUGGAAAAGAGGUCAGUUGAGUCCGUUCUAGUUUUAAUGAAAAAUUGUUCAACAUUUCCAGUUUCUUUUAUCAUAUGGAAUGUUUAAGAUUUUUGUAAUUCCUUAAAUAACUUCUAGGAAAUUGAUUUCUGGGAGAAUGCGUAAUUUAUUUCACCUUCAAACAAACCAGGUAGAUUUUGGGAAGGAGUACAGGUAUCCCAAGGAAUAAACUACCUGACCUGGACAACAGUGGUCAAGAAAAUGUUUGAAACAUAGACGCAUUUUUAUAUCUACUGCCAUUUGAGUAAACAGAAGAAACAGAUGAACACAUAGUGUUUCUUAUUCAAAUUUAUUUUUCUUUUGAUGGAAUUCACAAAAUCUCUAUAUUUAUCUAAGUACCAACUGUGAUCAUGGCAGACAAUGCUGCAGAAAACGAAGCUGAUUCAGGUUCCGCAUUGACAAUUGCAACAAGAGAUGAUGAACCAGACCAAAAUGAUGCUGAUAAAGUGACUGGAUCAAAUGCUGCAUACGAUUCAACAGACAGUCACUUCAGGUGCAGUCAAUGUGAUUUUGAAGCAAUUCACCAAACAGCUCUCAAUGCUCAUAUUACCCAAGCUCACUCAAGUAACGAAGUAGAUAUGGAAGUUGAAAAUAAUAAUCCACCAACAGAAGGCAGAACACAUAGGAAAAUGUUUGAAUGCGAUGUAUGUAAUAUGAAAUUUUCUAAUGGUGCAAACAUGAGAAGGCAUAAAAUGAGACACACAGGUGUGAAACCAUAUGAGUGUCGUGUUUGUCAGAAGAGGUUCUUCAGGAAAGAUCAUUUAGCGGAACAUUUUACGACACAUACCAAAACUUUGCCUUACCACUGCCCAAUUUGUAAUAGGGGAUUCCAGAGGCAGAUUGCGAUGAGGGCACAUUUUCAGAAUGAACAUGUUGGACAACAUGACUUGGUGAAAUCAUGUCCACUUUGUAGCUAUCGAGCGGGUUCCAUGAAGAGUUUACGGGUACAUUUCUUCAACAGACAUGGGAUCGAUUUGGAUAACCCUGGCCCAGCGGGUUCUCAAGCUUCUCUCUUGGCUGCAGCAGCACAAGGUUUUCCUAUAGAUGGUUCGAUAACAACAUCUUUAAGCAAUUUGACUAGUAGCGUGUCUGUUAGUGUCACAGGAGGUAGCAACAGUGCGGCAAAUUUCAGUGAUUCUGGAGAUUCUACAGGAGCAAGGUCAACUGAUAAUGCUACUCCCCCAAUGCAUUUUCUAACACCACAUGUGGAAAUUAGUAUGUCUGAUGCACCAGCUCCUGUAUUUUCACCAGUUCAGUUGGACCUACAACGAACUAACAGCCAGUCUGGUCAAAAUUCUGAAGCAAACUCGAGGUUAAAUGGAGAUGCACCUGGAUCCCCUCAUUCUGCAGAUUCAAACUCUAAUGCUCCAACAAGUACUCAUGUUCCAUUACGAUUGGACCAAGAAACGAACAUAACUCCAUCUAUAUCCCUAAUACCUAUCAAACAGGAGCCUGGCGAAGAGAACUCAGACGCUAAUAGGAGAAACGGUCCUGUGAAUUCCAGCGUCUCCCCGCCAGGUGGGGCACAAAACACUCCUAGUAGUCUAAGUUCUCUUAUAAAAGUAUCUCCGUUGAAAAGUUUACUCAGAGACGACUUGAAGAGAAAAAUAAUAACGCGGAGUAAUAGUAAUAAUAGAAGCAGAUCUACGGCGUCACCGAACAAUCCAGAAAGUUCACCGAAUGAAUCUACUUCUACAAAUGGUGCUAUAACAUCUACUGCUACUGAACAACCAUCUGACUCCUCCCUGUGGAGAACUAUUGGUAAAAGAUCUUUAUCAAACCUCCAAUGUGUGUACUGUGGUAUAACAUUUCCUGACCAAACCUUAUACUUCCUCCACAAGGGAUGUCAUUCGGAUGCAAAUCCUUGGAAGUGCAAUAUUUGCGGGGAGCAAUGUUGCAAUGUUUACGAGUUCAACUCUCAUCUUUUGAGCAAAAGUCAUCAGUAACUAAAGUACAGGUACUUCUAGUUUUUUUUUCUCAAUUCAAGAAUGGAGAAAAUGUUGAAGCCAAUUGGCUUCAACAAAGACUUACCACUAAAAGUGGUAUGGAGGCUCAAAAAUUAAGGAUAUUCCUGAUUAAUUGUUAGGAUUGAAUUUUUUUAUCGGUAAGACUUCGAAAAAACAUUAUUUUUUUAAAAUUCAACAAGCGAUUCUAGCGCUAAAUGUUUCUAGUCCAAUAUCGACAAAUUAAUCAUUAUCCACUAAAUGUACUGCAUGUUUUCUCUCCAAUACUUCAAUUUUUCUUAUCAUUCUGUCAUUAAUGUUGAAACGCAUUUAAAAAGUCACCGUUUGAGUGAAUUGAAUUGAGGUUAAAACAAAUAUCAAUCACUGCGCAAUUAAAUUUUUAUACUCUUUAAGUAUAUGCAAUCAAAUCAAAAAUUGGAAAGAAAUUUUGAAAAUAUAAAGGUUUGAAGAGUUGAACAUGAAACGUCCGUCCAGUGUGAACAACAUUCCAGCCUUAAAAAUUGCCUUUAAUAAUUAGAAAAUUUAUAUGGAUAGAAUUUUAUACAUAAACACCAAUAAAUCAAAAAAUUCUGGCCUUUACAAUUGUACACUUAUAUAAAAAUCAAUUAUUUACAAUUUUAUAAUAUCCUUUUUACUCAGAAACAAUUUAUUGAGUGUUGAAAAUCCUUCUAGCAGUUAUUCAAGGAAACUUUGAUAACUACACUAAAUUUAAUCUUCUUACAUUCCACUUGAGUUCAAAAUAUGAAAGAUUAUUUUAACUUGCAUUCGAAAUUUUAUUUUUGAUUUAAACUAUUGCUAUUUAUUAGAAUUAAUAACUUUAUAGCGAGAAUUUAUCCGUCCACUUGUUAUCAUAUAUUGAAAUUGAUAUAUAAUUAUAUUUUAGGAUUAUUUUGUACAUUAAUGAUUAUACAAUUUGAAAUAAAUUUAGGUAUUUUACUAUGAACUGUAUAGACUAUCAUUAGAAUAUCCAUGUAAAACUUUUGUUACAUAUGAUAUAAGUAUUAAUUCAUUACAUUCCAUCUAUUCUAUUUGUUUACAAAAAUGUACAGUAUUUAUUUAUUGAAAAAUGUUGUUUAAUUUAAUUGAGUGCAAUACACAUUGCAGUGCCUUAAAGAAACGAGGAGAAUCAUUUAACACAUGGCUUUUCUAUUGCAAAAUAACUCCUCAAAUUAUGAAAUACUUAUCCCUGAUAUGUAUAGUGCACAUAUUGUUGACAUUUUCAAUUCCAACUAGUGGUUUUGUAAUUAAACAUAAAUUUACCUACUUAAAAAUAAUUAUAAUAUGAACAGAGAUUAUUAAAUUUGUUUUAAAAUUAUAAUAUUGAAUUGACUAAGAAUUAGUUUCUCCACAUUCCACGAAUUUGUAUUUUUGUAGUUAUUUUUUAUUUUCCAUUAAAUGGAUUAUACAUAUUUAUUUUCAAUCAUUUGUAAUCAAGAAAUGUGAAAAUGCAAUAAUAAGCGGUAAAGGGUUAGAAUAAAAUUUUCCUCUUUUAA